GAUAGUAUUAAAACUAUUUUAAAAUCUGUUUUUUUUUUCUUUUUUUUAUUAUUAUUAUUUUUGUUUAGGUCUCAUGAAGAAAAUGGAAAAGAAAACCGUAAUGAACCAUUUUCUAAACACUGUAGAACAGACUUAGAUCUGCCUCUGAAAACAGAAAAAAGUGAUAUUCAUGUCAGCAAAUCAACAUCAAUAAACACAUGUACAGAGAUGUCAAUGGAAAAGUCAACAAUGCCGUCAAUACCGAUCACAAAUGGAUCAAGACAAGUCAAUAGGAGAAAAAACAAGUUUCCCACCAGGAGUGCUGCCAGACAGGACCCAAACUUCCGAGGGGUAACCUUCCUGUUACAUACCCAACUACAGGGCUCUGACAGCCAUCUUGUCAUAUCAGCUUAUUUCAGUAACAUCAACAAGACAGCUGGUACCAAUAGCCAGGUGCGGAAUCGCCACAACAGCUGUGGCUCGGUGACCAGUUAUCACACGGAUUGUUGGAGUGGAUCUGAUGAGGACAGUCAACUAGCCUACCAUAAGAACCCCUACAUCUCAGUGAAGACAUGUGCAUCUUGUGCGACUCGGAGAACUCCGCUGUGGAGAGAUGCUGAGGAUGGUACACCGCUUUGUAACGCAUGUGGCAUCAGGUUUAAGAAGUACAAGGUACGCUGCAGUCAAUGUUGGCACAUACCGAAAAAGGACAUCAAGACAUUCCCAAACUGUCCCAAUUGUGGAGCACUCCUUCGUGUGUCGGUCUGUAGACGGAGCUGGUAACAUUGCAAUCUGGGUGAAAAGGCAAGAAGCUAAGCACAGUUAGAAUAUGAUUGUAAAUGUUGUAUUUUUACAUUGCGAAAAUAUUUUAUUACUGAAAAGAUAUGCAUAUCUUUAUAUAUAUAGUGACUAGUAACUUCUAUGGGAGAUUAAGAUGAAAUCUGCGAGUUUUUACAGUUGUCUUGUGUAUUAAUCUUUUUAGAUUAUAGAAACUCGAUUACAUUUAUCAAAUAGCAUUAGUAUGUGUGACCAGUACAACAAUUCUGGUUGUUAUAGGUAAUGUACUAAGUAAAUUUCCAACCAGUAAUCUGAUUACUGAUUAGCAUAGUAUUUCAUAACAUAGAUGAUUAGGUGGGUAAAAUUAAAUAAAGAUGUAUGAUGAUAUAGAGACAUUUUAUAUUAAUGACACCUCUGUUGGCUAAUGAGUCUGAUUGCAUACAAAUAACAAUAAAACUUGUUUAAUAUCACAUCUACUGAAAUACUACAUAUUGAUCAGAUUAGACAGGGUUUGGAAAGUACAGAUAUAAGAUUUGUUAUCCUAAUUCAGAUAUAGGAUUAUAUGUUGGAUUAACCACUAGUGGAAUUCUUGUUUUGCAUUAGUAAGGAUGUCUGAAUGUUCAGAAUGGGACUGGAAUUAUCAUGGUGUAGAUUAUACAGGAAGUCUGAAUACUCAGAGGUCAGAUUAGACAGGACUGGAAUUAUCAUGGUUUAGAUUAUACAGGAAGUCUGAAUAUUAAGGGGUCAGAUUAUCCAGGAUGUCCAAAUAUUAAGGGGUAAGAUAUAGGAUGUCUGAAUAAUCAGAGGUUAGAUUGUACAGGAUAUCUGAAUUAAGGUUUCAGAUUAGAAAGGAUGUCUGAAUACUCAGAUGUCAGAUUAGACAGGAUGUCUGAAUACUCAGAUGUCAGAUUAGACAGGAUGUCCGAAUACUCAGAUGUCAGAUUAGACAAGAUGUCUGAA